AUCCUUGAUAUUGACUUUGGGUUUAUCUGAUUAUCUCUUAGUUUUCUUCAUUGGGUUGAUCUUUGUUGAUGCAGAGGGUUGUUCCUUUGAACACAUGGGUGCUCAUAUCCAAUUUCAAGCUAGCUUACACCAUCCUCCGCCGCUCUGAUGGCACUUUCAACCGUGAGUUAGCGGAGUAUCUCGAGCGCAAAGUUCCAGCCAAUGUGAAUCCAGUUGAUGGGGUUUUCUCAUUCGAUAAUGUCGAUCGAGCUUCUGGCCUUCUCAACCGAGUUUAUCAGCCAGCCCCAGAUAAUGAAGCUCGCUGGGGCAUCAUUGAUCUUGAGAAGCCUCUAAGCAUGUCAAAAGUUGUACCUGUCAUCCUGUUUUUUCAUGGUGGGAGCUUUGCUCAUUCAUCAGCCAACAGUGCUAUUUACGACACCUUUUGCCGCCGUAUCGUAAGUGUCUGCAAGGCGGUUGUUGUCUCGGUUAACUACCGUCGAUCGCCUGAAUAUCGAUAUCCAUGUGCAUAUGAAGAUGGCUGGACUGCACUCAAAUGGGUGAAAUCAAAGAAAUGGCUUCAAAGUGGGAAGGAUUCCAAGGUUCAUGUGUAUUUAGCUGGUGAUAGUUCUGGUGGCAACAUAGCUCAUCAUGUUGCAGCAAGGGCAGCUGAGGAAGACAUUGAAGUAUUAGGCAACAUACUUCUUCACCCGAUGUUCGGGGGCGAAAAGAGAACCGAAUCAGAGAAGAAACUCGACGGUAAAUACUUCGUAACCAUUCAAGACAGAGAUUGGUACUGGAAAGCUUAUCUCCCUGAAGGAGAAGACAGAGAUCACCCAGCUUGUAACAUUUUUGGCCCCAAAGCCAAAAGCCUAGAGGGAAUCAACUUCCCAAAAAGUCUCGUCGUUGUCGCCGGUCUGGACCUGAUGCAAGAUUGGCAACUCGCAUAUGUGCAAGGCCUGAAAGACUCCGGCCACGACGUGAAACUUCUCUUCCUCGAGAAGGCGACAAUCGGGUUCUAUUUCUUGCCAAACAAUGAACAUUUCUACUGUCUAAUGGAAGAGAUAGACCACUUUAUCAACCCUUAAACUGUUCAUACAGCUACUUAACUUUCCUACCCAAGUGAAAA